CAUCCAGUACGAGUGUGUCCUGUUUAUUAAUGAUAGUCUCCUGGGAUGAUGACUUUGAUGAGCUUGUGGUGAGUAACAAUGAUGUUGUGCUCAGAAAUAUCGCUGAAGAUUUGCGGAAUCGUUUACCCAUCGAGGCAAUGUUUACUUCGGAACAUCAAGCUGUUCAGAAAAUACACCAGCAUCCACUGCCCAUGAUUCAUGUUGAUGCAUUCCUUUAUGAUGAUGAUGUUGUUGAUUCAUUGUGUGAGGAGGGGAAAAUGAGUAGGAGCUACUGCACAGAGUGUGGCUCAUACAAAACUGCAUCUUUAGAGUUUAUUUCGCAUUCCUUUUCCCUCAUGGAACUGAAGUUUCUUUAUCACCAUGUACUGCCUGACCUGACAGGAAAGGUAGUGGUUGACGUUGGCUCCAGGCUUGGUGCAGUGCUAUUUGCGGGCUAUCUUUAUAGCUCAGCUUCCCAGCUGUAUGGAGUAGAAAUGAAUGCAGACUUUUGCCAGUUGCAAGAAAUGAUGAUUACAAAGUAUGAGUUCAUUGACAGAAUAAAGGUGGUUCAUGCAGACAUCUGUACUCAGCCCUCACUUCUGCAGAAGGCUGAUGUUGUUGUAAUGAAUAAUGUCUUUGAAUAUUUUCUUGACAGACAGGAACAGGCCAGAGCUUGGAAAUUUAUUGCUUAUAAUGUAAGGAAAAGAGGGUCCUUAUUAGUGACAGUUCCAAGUCUUGAGGAAUCACUUUCAAAGCUCCAGACAGAUGUACAGCUCAGUCAAUGGGUUGAAGAGGUGCAGCUGAACUAUGAUGUGCAUAUAGAAAAGGAUGUUGACAGAGAAGCACUCGAACAGAUUCAUUUAUACAAGAUUCUCUAGUACCUGGAAAAUUUACUGAUAUCCUUAUGAUAUAUAUUUUGGGCCCAAAAUGAACUUGGAUGGAUUUGUGUGAAUAAAUCAGGUCAAAAUUCA